CAACUAAACAAUCAUGGCGUCAAAAUGUUUCCUUGCGGCAAACCGGACUCUGGCAAAGAAACUCCCCUUCAGCCCGAGAGGACUCAGCGGAGCCCCGUGGACGACAGAAGGCGUUAUAAAGUCACCCUUGAAGACGGUAGAAGUCCCGAAUUGCACUGUGCAUGAAUAUAUAUGGCGGAAUUUGGAGAGAUGGUCGGAUCGGACGAUGGUGGUAUGCGGUUCUACCGGAAGAGGUUACACGUACUCCCAAGGCUACCAACUGUCCUCAGCAUUCGCAGCCAACCUGCGGAGCAAGCUCGGAGUCCGCGACGGCGACGCCGUGGCCGUGAUGCUGCCCAACGUGCCCGACUACCCCCUUGUAGCCUUGGGGAUAUUGGGCGCGGGAGCGGUUAUUACUAGUAUCAACCCUAUUUAUACGGCCCACGAAGUCCAACGACAAAUGCUACUCUCCGCCGCCAAAAUAAUCGUCACGCUCCCAGAAACAGUUGACAUCGUGAAAAACGCCUUAAACAUGGCCAAGCUAAAGCUACCAAUCAUCGUAGUCAAAACCAAUGAGCCCACACCAGAAGGCACAAUAGUGUUCAACGAAUUAACUGAAAUAAACGUGGACUUGUCGUGUUUGCAAGAAGUGAGGAGGUCCGCUAAAGAUGUGUGUUUUCUACCAUAUUCUAGUGGGACCACUGGUGUGCCUAAGGGAGUGGAACUGACGAAUGAGAAUCUGGUGGCUAAUAUGGAACAGAUUAAUGAUCCUGUGAUAAGGACGCAUAAUGAUACUACAGCAUCUCACCAAGACUCCGUCAUGGCAGUGCUGCCCUUCUUCCACAUCUACGGAGCCGAGGUCAUCAUGUUCCACAAGCUGUCCCAGGGCAUCAAGCUGGUGACCCUCGCCAAGUUCCACCCUGAAGUGUUCCUCGACGCCCUGGAGACGUAUAGGGCGAAUCUCUUAUUCGCGGCUCCUCCUAUAAUACUGAUGAUGGCGUCGCAUCCAGCCAGCUCCUCGAAGAAGCUGCGACACCUGGAGGUCAUCAUCAACGGAGCGGCACCCCUGGCCGCUGCCGACGCCGAUAGGUUCAUCCAAAAAGCCGAGAGGAAAAUGGACUUCAGGCAAGGCUACGGCCUCACAGAGACAUCGCCCGUGGUCACAAUGACCCCUAAAGGCCUCGAUAACUACUCGUGCGUCGGCCUCCCUCUGCCCAACACUGAUCUUAAGGUCGUGGACCAGAACUUAAAGAAUGUGGGGCCUAAUGAAAAAGGCGAGCUGUUAGUCCGAGGUCCUCAAGUCAUGAAGGGGUACAAGGAAAACGAGAAAGCCAACAAGGAGGCCUUCACAGAUGAUGGCUGGUUCAGAACUGGCGACUUGGCAGUUGCUGACGAUCAGGGCAUAGUUACCAUUGCUGACAGACUCAAGGAACUCAUCAAGGUCAAAGGCUUCCAAGUACCUCCAGCCGAGCUCGAAGCAGUCUUACGCGACCACCCAUCCGUCGCCGACGCCGCUGUCAUAGGCAUACCUCACAAAACCCACGGCGAAGCACCCAAGGCCUUUAUCGUCCUAAAGAAAGGACACGGGGCUCAGCCGGGAGAUAUACGCGGUUUCGUAAAGGAGAGGGUGGCGGAGUAUAAAAGGAUUAGUGACGUGCAGUUUGUGGACAGCUUGCCGAAAAGUGCCACAGGAAAGAUAUUGAGGAGAGAGCUCAAGGAGAAAUACACGUGAUUU